GUGUACUUUUGUUUCUAAAUACGGGACGAUUCCGUUUUUUAAGGGACGGUUGGCAACCCUACAUAUCGGUCACAUAUUUGUCAGUAGUUUGUACUGUGAGCAGCAGUGUAACCCUGAGCUGAGCAUCAAAGACAGGCGGUGCAGGCUUAGUCAAAUAUGAUGGGCGAAUUUUUAAUUAAGUUUUCUCCAUUGUUUUCCUUGGUCUGACUGUGGAGUUUGUUUUGAAAUUCAUGACAGGAAGUACUUCUAUUUAGCUAAACGGAAGCUAAACGGAAAAACAGAGUAGCCCCCACUUCUUGCGUGAUUCUGGCUUCACAGCAGGAGCUCAAACAACUUUGCAAGAUUUGAGUAGCGCAGAAAUUUGGGAGAAGCGUCCCACAGAGCGACAGUACAGCCUGCGCUCCGGAUCACCGUCUGUCAUUCAGCAGGUGAGUAACACUUCCGUCUGUCUGCAGGAGCAAGUGUGCUGAAUACUCGAACUCUGUUCAUUUAUCUGCAGGUUAGAAGUAAAACUCAAAGGCAAAAGUUAUUUGCUACUAAAACUCCUCUGUUAGAGGAUGGAGACCAGUAACAACAACACCAACAACAAUAAAUAACAAUAAUACAUUUAUAGCAGUUUGGAUAAAGCCACACAUUAAAGAUAAAUGUUCCCGCAUGCAGACACACAGUCCUGAACACUGACUGAGAAAAGGACGGUGCUCUGACAACAACAACCUGACGUGAUGCGUGAUGUAGUGUGAUGUUGCGUGCUCGCCGUGUGGAAACUACAGUAUGGAGAAGAUGGGUGACAACAUGCGCAUGGAAUAGAAUAGAAUAGAAUAGACCUUUGUUGUCAUUGAACACGUGCCAGCGAAAUUGUAGAAAUGCUUCACCAACGUGUUCUUACCCUGUUGAUCUUUGCAGGUUACUUGGAUAAGAAAAAACAAUAUUGAUCAUUUUUAGAAUAAAGAUUUCGAUAUUUCUAAGGCGUGGCAGAUGUUUUUAAAACGAUUGCAUAAUUGGCACUUAAGCUGUGAGCGCAGUGCCAAAACUCUCUGUCCUAAAUCACUCGGUGCGCAGGGUGAGGAAGUGAGGUGUGAAGAGCGCACACAGCAAGCCACGUCUGGCUGAAGAAUCUGUAACGAAUACAAGUGAAAUGUCCUAUGAAUGAAUCCGUGUUAGUGCGUUAGAUUAAUCUCCAUGUGAUAAUGUGCGACAUAGUAACUGGAACUCUCUCAUCUGAUGGCAAAUGAUGUUAGGUCUGCUUUCACACACAUUUAGCCUAUAAAAUCAAAUGCAUGUUAUUUUAAGAUAAGAUACCUUUAUUAAUCCCACGGGUGGGAAUUUUUGUUAAUAUUUAAAUAUUAUAUGUAAAUGUCCUAAUUACUUAUUUAACUGCUUUGAUCUAGUGGAAUGUCUUCCUUCCUCCUUGUUUAGGAUUUCUGUGACUGCAGUAAAAUUCCCUCCAUCCAUCACUUACCCCACGAGACCUGAGGUAAAAAUUAAUUUAUGAUAAUCACACAAUUCUCACUAAUUGAACUGAAUGCCAAUAUGCAUUUAUAAUGAACAUUUAGAUGAUCUGCACAACUUUGUUUAUUAUGUUGUUGUUUUCAUGAAUGACCGGAGGGUCUGUCCCAGUGAAUCAUAAGACAGCAUUUUCUCCUCUCUAUUAAGAAAAUAUGGCCCAGUGUAUGCUGUUCCAACAGAGCUGAUAUAGGAAGCACCAAAGCUCCUUUCCUCAGUAUUUGGGGAAUUGGAGCAUCUCUUAUUAUGGCGACUACACUACCUCUGGUCAUCACUCUAAUUUAGGAACAUUUCUAAUCAAAGUGGAUCAUUGGGACUCGUGGCGUUACUGUCACGGCUGGCGCGGUGAGCCGUGUGGUGUAGGAGGAAAAGGACCCAAAAUGCAGGCAGUUGACUGGUGAUGAGAGUGAUGUUUUAUUUACAGAAGUGGAGCAACUUGAACAGGCAGUGAGAAAAGACGAAUGACUGGAAAAAACCUAGACUGGGGGAAACUUAAUGACAAACCUAAGCGGGGAGCGGAGACUGCAGAGCGCCGUCUUUACACCAACAAACACAGACGAUCCGACGAUGAACAGAAGCCAACACACACUAUAAAUACACACUAGGUAAUGAGGAGAUGACACGCAGGGGUGGACACAGCUGACACUAAUGGACAUGAUGAGAGGCAGACCUACAAAGUAAAACCAGAAACACACAGACUGUUUUACAACAAAACGCAGGGACCUGAACGGAGCACAGAGGGGAGACACAGUGUUUCUGUUCUGACAGCAUGAAGUGCACGUGGCCACUUUCCUCUCUGUUGCUGCUGCUCCUAGAGGUGAACAGUGCUUCUCUGCAGGAGACCAACAGGCCUAAUUUUGUCCUGAUAAUGGUGGAUGACCUAGGAAUUGGAGACCUCGGCUGUUAUGGCAAUAACUCACUGAGGACCCCCAAUAUUGACCAGCUGGCAAAGGAAGGGGUGAAGCUGACCCACCACAUUGCUGCAGCCAGCCUCUGCACUCCCAGCAGGGCAGCGUUUCUCACCGGACGAUACCCAGUGCGAUCAGGUAUCGCUGGUUAUAGCAGACCAGGUGUCUUUUUAUUUAAUGCAGCAUCUGGAGGUCUCCCCAGCCAGGAGAUUACGUUUGCCAAGGUUGUCAAACAACAAGGCUACGAGACUGCUCUCAUAGGAAAAUGGCACCUGGGCCUGAACUGUGAGAGCCGUGACGAUCACUGCCACCACCCUAACAACCACGGCUUCAAUUAUUUCUUCGGUAUCCCUCUGACUAACCUGAGGGACUGCCAGCCUGGACAUGGCACCAUUUUCCAGUUCCAUAAAUAUUUGCCAUACAGAACAAUGGGCAUCGUUUUGCUCACUACAGUUGUGCUGCACUACAGCGGGGUCAUCGGCAGAAGGUCGAUCCUGAGCUUGAUGUUUCUGUUGCUUUUGGUCACUGGUUUGCUAGUAGCGUUCAUCAUGGUUGUCCCAUACUUAAACUGUGUUCUCCUGAGGGACCACAGCAUUGUGGAGCAGCCAUAUAAGUCUGAAAACAUGACACAGAGGAUGGUCCACGAGGCAGUGGACUUCAUAGAGCGAAAUUCAAACAGGCCUUUCCUGCUCCUUUUCUCUUUCCUCCAAGUCCACACAGCCAUCUUUGCUUCAGCAGCUUUCAGAGGAACGAGCCGCCAUGGUAUCUACGGGGACGCUGUGCAGGAGGUGGACUGGAGUGUGGGUCAGCUCAUGGAGACGCUGGACAGACUCAGCUUGAGAGGAAAAACUCUUGUUUACUUCACUUCAGAUCAAGGGGCUCAUCUGGAGGAAAUCUCUGCCAGAGGCGAUGUCCACGGGGGAUCGAACGGAAUAUAUAAAGCAGGGAAGUCCACAAAUUGGGAGGGAGGAAUCAGGGUCCCUGGAAUUUUACGUUGGCCUGGGAAAAUCCCUGGUGGCAGACAGAUAGAUGAGCCCACCAGCAACAUGGACCUGUUUCCUACUGUGGUGCAGCUGAGUGGAGCUUCAGUCCCAGAGGACAGGGAAAUAGAUGGUCAUGACCUCAUGGAUUUGCUACAGGGGAGAGCUGGACGUUCCAAGCAUGAAUUUCUCUUUCACUACUGUAAUGCCAACUUGAACGCUGUCAGAUGGCAUCCCCAAAACAGUAGCUCGGUGUGGAAAGCUUUUUACUUCACUCCAAACUUCUACCCAGAAAACAAGACGGGAUGUUUCCAUACACAUAUCUGCUUUUGCACGCCGGAGUACGUUACCUUCCACGAUCCUCCUCUGCUCUUCGAUCUCUCAAAGGACCCAUCAGAGAGCACACCGCUGACCCCAGACACUGAGCCUGCCUUUCACUUUGUCCUGGCCACAAUGAAGGAAGCUGUGAAGAUGCAUCGGCGCUCACUGAAGCCAGUGGAGAACCAGUUAAGUCACGCGAACCUGAUGUGGAAGCCCUGGCUGCAGCCCUGCUGCUCCACAGUCACGCAGCUCUGUCAGUGCCAGCUGUACCAGUAAGCUUCUGUGGAGGCGGCACUGGAAGAUCCUUGCUGCUGUUUAGUCACACUAAUCUGAAUAUGGACACUUCAUAUGAACUUCUCAAAUCCACGAUUAAACCUUUGUUUUGUCAGGGCGCAGUCAUCUGUUGCACUGAUUUUAUUUCACUUGAUGUAGUAACAAAAGCCUCACAUUCAGAGAUCUAGUCAGCACACAGGUGGCAAUUAUAAAAUACAAUAGACUGGAUAACAACAAAGCUGAGUGACUAACACAGUAAAGUUGUCAGCUGUCAAAUCAGAAAAUAUAUUAUGAGACUUAGACCUCAAUACAAGUUCAGAGAAUCGUCUUAUACAAGUCUAAGAGAUACAGUACGAGCUGCAAAGGGGGGGUCAUGAAUGAUUAACAAAUGUUGUGAUACCCACGAUCUGAUACUGAUUUUCUGGUUUUGUUGAGGCAGCUGAGGUAAAGAAAAUCAGGCUUGGUUGAACUAAUUUCCAGAGAAUAUGGUGACCAUCCGUGAGCUGAGCAACAGUUUGGACUUUAAACACAAAGUCAGCUAGAUUUCAAAAGUCUAGUGUGGUCUGACAUGUUUGUAUACAGUUCAAUUCAGUUUUAUUUAUACAGCACCAAAUCACAACAACAUUUGUCUCAAGACGCUUUAUACUGUA